CGCAAGAAGCUCUCUACGGCGAAACUACUCCCGGCUUUGCGUUCCCUCAAGAUGCCCCGUGGCACGUGGCACCGGUGGUCGGUGCUCUUGCUGCUCCUGCUCGCCACGAGAUUCCUGUCCGUGCACGGCCAAUGUGGAUCGUACACCCAGGAUCGGCAAGAGAAGCAGGACAAGCAGGACAAGCUGGCCCUCUACAAGGUCACUCUGAGGACCUACUGGUCGAGGGCGCGAUUUCCGCGACAUUAUCCGGAGUGGAAGCCUCCUGCGCAGUUCGGCAAGUUGAUCGGUCGAACGCAUGACUCGACUUACACUCUAUACAGAUUAGGCGAAAGAUUGUCUACGGGCGCAAGAUUGUACGUGGAAACCGGAAGAGCCGACGGAUUGGACGCGGAUGGAGAUUCGCCAAACAGUCUUCACUCAUUCACUGGUCCACCGAUUCCUCAAGGAGAGGGCAUGAGUAUCACUCGGGCUUUCUUGGACGGCAAUCAUACUCUAAUUAGCAUUAUGGCGCGCAUCAAUCCCAGUCCCGAUUGGUUCGUAGGCGUGGAUUCCUUCCAGUUGUGCGUCGAGGGCAAUUGGGUCGAUACCGUUACCGUAGAGCUCGACCCGCUGGAUGGGGGCACGGAUAACGGCUUCACAUUCACGGCUGCCAACUGGCCAACGCAGCCCCAAGGAAUCGCUUACAGGAUCACAUCCCGAUAUCCGGCACAUCCCGCGGGAAGCUUCUAUUAUCCGAAUCUACCUCGUCUACCGCCGAUAGCUACCCUCACAUUCACCAAGCUGCGCGAGUACACCCUGACCGAAUCGUAUCACGAAGACGACGUCGAAGUGGAAUUCGUCAGCAAUGACAAUCUGCAAGCGAACAGCGAGAUUCCCAGAGGAAUCGAUCCGAACAGGGACCUAAACGAGGCCAUAGCAGAGGAACGAAGGGAAAUGGACACCCAGAGAUACAGAUAUUGGAGCACGACUGGGAGUGGACAGCAGCAAGUCGUGACGGACAUUCCGCGAGACAACAAGGCGGCGAUCAUCAACAGCAUCGCCACGUCAUACGCGUUGCAGAGGCCGAGGUACACCGCGACCACGAUACCGCGAACAUCGAAGAUAGCUGUCGACGGUAAAACGAGAUACAGCGAGACAGGAAAGGUCGACUGGCCGUAUUACCAGACGUACAGGCAAACAGCGGAGGCGCAAAAGGCGCAGAUCUAUGAGGACAUCCAGAGAAAGAUUGCCAACGCGUCGAACGUGUCGAGUACAGGCUACUCAUUCGCGAACAACGUCACCAACUCGGCGGAUCAGCGCCAACAUAGAUUCAGAAUGAAGCAUCACGGAUUGACAUCCAAAGGCAAACGAGUUAGAACUCGUGCACCGAGAGAUUGCAAGGUCGGUGAUUGGGGCCCGUGGAGCGCGUGCAGUCGCAGCUGCGGAGUGGGCGAAACCCAGAGGACGCGGAAAGUCACGAUAAAGCCGCGCCGAGGUGGCAAACUGUGUCCGCCGCUAAAGGAAACCAAGUGGUGCGGUAGCAUCAAUCCGUGUUCGGAGAGCAAGCCGAUCAUCGAUUACCAUUGGUAGUCAUCGUCCGUGUCGGUUCCCUUCCACGAACACGUGUACCAAAGUGACUCGCUCACGGACGAAAGAUCGUGUAAGUCAAAGAGACAGGCAAGACGAGCGAGAAGCGACUUAUGCGAAAAAUGCACGCUGGGACGCAAAUAUAAUUAAAUAUGGGAAAUUCGAUAAAUGGAAAAUAAUAUAGGUUGAAAAAAAUAUCUUUUUAUAUCUUUUUCAGUAGAGAGAUUCAUCGCAACGACAUGACUGUUGUAUUUAUGGGACAUGUCAUGUCAUGUUUUAGAAAGAAUAGCGAUCCGCGUGGUUUGACAAUAUACAUUACAAAAUUCAUAAUUUCAUUCAAAAUUCAUAAUUUUAUCUAAUAUUUUAAGAUAAAGGAAUUAAUAACUGUUGCAACAACAACAUACACACAUUGGUAUUUAUUCAUUGGUAUUCAUACAAUGAAAAUAUCGUAUGCUUCAUACAGACGACUAAUGAUCAUGCACGACGUAACUCGAUCUCAUCGCUAUUAAAUUCUGUUCGAUAUAACGAGUGGCCAGUAUAACAAGGAAAGACAUAGAGUCAUGUAAUUGAACAGUAUGAUAUAUUUCAUUACAAUUAGUAUUCGCAACCAUUGCAUAUUUUCGUGGCAAAGCGGAAAAGCAUUAUCAUAUACCGCGGCUUUAUUUUAUUCUCUUGUAUUUAUUAUCGUUUGAUGUACAUUCGUCGCGCGAUGCGUGUGUGUGUGUGUG